CAGCCCAUCACUAUAAAAGCCGCAAGAUAACUAAUUUCUUUUUUUGCAUUUAUUAUUGUAAUAAUUAAAAUGCCGGCACCAGCAGAAAGCCCAGAAGCGAAAUCGCCUUCAUAUGACUUGUCGAAAUUCCGCCUUAAGCGGAUACUUAGUAAUAACAGCGUGAGGAAGAGUAUAUCCUUGCUGGGAACAUUUCCAGAUCUGUCGGAAACAGACGAUGCAAUUGUUGUUUUUGAGAAAAAUGCAUAUCGGGAAAGUGAUGUGGCUACUGAACCUGCUGCAGAAGAGUCUCCCAAAAAGCCAAGCUAUUUCAGCUCAGAUCUGAAGGUAGCUACAGAAUUUGUGAACAACAUUUACGGAAGCUUUCAAGUUGUUCCAAGUAGAGAUCUUUGUGGUGUCAAGAGCACUGUUAUUUAUCCUGCAACAGACAAGCACAUCGAGAAGUAUUCCAUUUGCCAGAAGUACCUCAUUCGGGAGACUCCCGAGCUAUAUGAAAAGAUAACCCUGCCCUACCUCAAAGAAAGCCAGUUUUCUUUGGAGUGGGUCUACAAUAUUCUUGAGCAUAAGCAGGAGAAGGAGCGAAUCGUAUUCGAAGACAAUGAUGCAGAGACGGGAUUCAUCCUGCUGCCCGAUCUCAAGUGGGAUGGCCGCAAUGUUGAAAAUCUGUAUCUGUUAGGCAUUAUACGCAAGCACGAUAUCAAAUCUUUGAGGGAUCUCAACGGUAGCCACCUGAACCUGCUCCGUAACUUGCGUGAAUCAUCAAAGAAGGCAAUAUUUGAGCGUUAUGGCGUGAAUCCUAACCAGCUACGCAUGUACUUCCAUUAUCAGCCUUCGUUCUACCACCUGCAUGUCCACAUCAAUCCUGUGCGAAACGAUGCGCCCGGAAUCUGGUGUGAGAAAUCACACAUGUUGGACACGGUGAUUAACAAUUUGGAGUUGAUUCCGGAUUAUUACCAGCGAGCCACGCUACCUUUUGUCCUUUACGAGGGAAAUAAGCUGUUAGACCUCUACGAAGAGGAACUAUCAGUUCGAAAAGUACCAGAAUUAAGCGAUAAAAAGGAGAAGAGUGUUGAAACACCCAUCAAGGCAUCCGAGGAGGGUUUCAGUGACGAAGAAUCCGACGAACGCCAGUGUAAGCGCCGCAAGUUGGCCACCCCAGAGCCAAAAGAGACCGAGGGUACUGCCCAGGCAUGUGCUUAAAUAUCAUUUCUAUCUUCUAAGUUUAAAGUGGUUAUGAAAUUGAAAUCAAAAGGAACCUUACCCAUGAAGGGUACGCUAUUACUUAAAGAUGCAACUAGUAGGAGAUUUUGUCCUAAUCAUGUAUUCUAACAUUUUUCUAUUUAUAAAAAUCAAAAUAAAUUAAAAUGUUUUGAAAAAUU